GUAGGGGAGGGUCCAAAAUGGCAGCAGGGAAGGAGGAAGGGCAGGCGGCCGAGCCGGUGGCAGUGGCGGAGCCGGAGGUGGUGGAAGCGCCACGGAGCUUCAAAGACCUGGGAGUGACAGAUGUCCUGUGUGAAGCUUGUGAACAGCUAGGAUGGAAGACACCAACAAAGAUCCAAGUUGAGGCUAUUCCAGUGGCUCUUCAAGGCAGAGAUAUCAUUGGGCUGGCAGAAACUGGCUCUGGGAAAACAGGAGCCUUUGCUUUGCCAAUUCUUCAGGCACUGCUGGAAACACCUCAGCGACUAUUUGCUCUUGUCCUCACACCAACGAGGGAGCUGGCCUUCCAAAUCUCAGAGCAAUUUGAAGCUCUUGGAUCCUCCAUUGGUGUCCACAGUACGGUUAUUGUGGGUGGAAUUGACACAAUGUCUCAGUCUCUGGCCUUAGCCAAGAAACCGCAUGUUAUAAUUGCAACCCCUGGCCGUCUAGUUGAUCAUCUGGAGAACACAAAGGGCUUCAACUUACGAGCUCUGAAGUUCCUAGUGAUGGAUGAGGCUGAUCGGAUCCUUAACAUGGAUUUUGAGACAGAGGUGGAUAAGAUAUUAAAAGUGAUUCCUCGAGACAGGAAGACAUUCCUGUUUUCUGCUACUAUGACAAAGAAGGUUCAAAAACUCCAGCGUGCUGCUCUGAAGAAUCCUGUUAAAUGUGCUGUUUCUUCCAAAUACCAAACAGUUGAAAAACUACAGCAGUACUACAUUUUCAUCCCCUCCAAAUACAAGGACAGCUACCUGGUUUAUAUCUUGAGUGAACUAGCAGGAAAUUCGUUCAUGAUAUUCUGUAGUACAUGCAACAAUACUCAGAGGACUGCUUUACUGCUACGGAACCUGGGGUUCACAGCCAUUCCUCUCCAUGGGCAGAUGAGUCAGAAUAAACGCUUGGGCGCUUUAAACAAAUUCAAGGCCAAGGCACGUUCUAUUCUGCUGGCUACUGAUGUUGCAAGCAGAGGUCUGGAUAUCCCACAUGUAGAUGUGGUGAUAAACUUUGAUAUUCCUACACACUCUAAGGAUUACAUUCAUCGUGUUGGGAGAACAGCUCGAGCCGGGAGAUCAGGCAAAUCUAUCACUUUUGUCACACAGUACGAUGUGGAGCUGUUCCAGCGCAUUGAACACCUGAUUGGUAAGAAGCUGCCAGCAUUCCCCAUGCAAGAAGAAGAAGUAAUGAUGCUGACAGAGCGUGUGGCUGAGGCUCAGCGGUUUGCUCGAAUGGAGCUGCGGGAGCAGGGAGAGAAGAAGCGAUCUCGGAAUGAUGAUGAUGAUGACACAGAAGAAGCUAUUGGUGUCAGGAAUAAGGUGGCAGGUGGCAAAAAGAGGAAAAGGAAAGCCUUUUAGUUCAGGAUUUGAACAGACUUUUUUUCUCUUUACGAACAUGAGCUUGGCAAAAACAUCUACCAAGACAUCUCCAGUGGAUUUUUUCAGAACUACUUAUGAAAUUAGGCAGUCCACCUGGAAAACAACUCCCUCUCUUCUUCACCAGUUACAGGUUGAGCUCAACCCAUUGUAAUACGAUGGGGACAGGCUUCCUUUCAAAGACACCAGACUACCACGUCAGGACCUGAAAAUAGCUGUGGUCUGGCCCUGCUUAGUCACGAAGAGGUGCAGCAUGGUGAGUGCAGCUUGCCCACUGCUGCAGCCUGUGUCACUGCCCAAACUCACUGAGUGCAUCUGAGGUCAAAUUAGGUCUGUCAAAAUGUUAAAAAGAAAUGACUUGAGUUUCCACAGCACAUCUGAUGCUCUUGCCUUAGUGAAGGAAUAUGUGACAUGAAGACUUCAAAUAUAUUUUGCUUAAUUUUAAAACUUGUCUUUGUCUUAUCACUGACCUGGGUCAAUCUUAGUGAUUCAGAUGUGACACCAAUACCUAAGAUGUGUUAUCUGAAGAGUGGCCCAGCAUAGAGAAUGUGUUUCAGCAGAAUCAGGCUAUUCACUCCCUGGAAGAUUCAAGCUGCAACAGGGUAGGUUUAGGCUGGACAUUAGGAAAAAAUUUUUCACAGAAAGAGUGGUCAGAAACUGGAAUAGCCUGCCCAGGGAGGUGGUUGAGUCAGCAUCCUUGGGUCAUGUUUUAAAGUCGUUUAGUUGUGGUAUUGAGUGAUACUGUUUAGAGAAGAACUUCGUAGAAUAUGGGUGAUGUUCGGACUCGGUAAUCGCAAAGGUCUUUUCCAAUCUGAAAUAUUCUCAAAAAAAAACCCAAAAAAACCAAAAAACAAACGAAAAAGAAUUCGAUUCAGAAUCUGUAAUGAUUGGCAAGAUCAAGGAGAGGUCUGGGUUGGUUUUUUUUGUGGCUGAUUCUUGUAGUAGUUACAAACCAACGCAAGAGGGUGAUAUUUACAUAGAAAAGCAGCUCACGAGCAUGGUGGUGAAGAAAAACCAGUACAGAGGCUCUCUGUGUUUCAGUUUAUUUCAGUGUCUUGGGCACAGUUCAGUGCAGUAUAAGUAGAUUCUUACAAGAAUGGCAUAAAUGUGCUUCUCAUCAAACCAGGUUAGUGCUGGUCCCAUUGGCAAUAAAAAUUUUCACACCACAUUACUGCUGGUGAGCACAGAAAGAUGAGAACUUGCUGAGUGAUCAUUCAAUGUGAAAAUUUGAUUGUUAGAACUACACAUAAAUUAGAUUUUCUGAAACAUUAAAAAUAAAGUUCAAAAGAUUCUCGUUUAGAUCUAAAUGGAAAGCUGAAACUACUGCCAUAGUCAAGAUAAGCACAAUGGUUACUUCAUAGUGUCAAGAUAAAUAACACACACUUGCAUGCUAGUCAGAAUGCUUCUUUACUUACAGUUUCAGGCAGCACGUUUUGCAAAAUUACAAAAAACACAGCAUGCUUAAAAGUAAGAGGAACAUGAUUUUGGUUUGGUUUUUUGCUUUUUUUUAAUUUAAAACAGGUCUAUUGUCUUCAUGAGGAACAGACAUACUCCCUGGUGGGAGAGGAGUGUCACAGUGUUCUUACUUAGUCCUGUUUUUUGUAGCAAUUUACUCAAAUCUCCUGAAUACUCAUCUUCAAGUUUGAUAGCUCAAAAGCAGUCUAAGAUUGGUGAUGGGUAAGUAAGGAUACAGAUCUUGGCUAUGUUGACUGCUAGAGCAUUCUUACAAAUCAGGAGGAAGAGUGUGCAUCUUCUGUGUGUCCUAGUGCAGAGAAACAGGAGUGAAAGCCCAGUAACAAGAAUGUGUUAAUUUUGCAGGGCCCUUUAGUAGGGAUCCCCACAGGUAAGAGGAAACAGCCUUAGAGUGCACCAUAGAGAGAGGAAUAAAAUGAGUGAGCAUAUAUCGUUGGAAAUGCAAAUGCUUAUUCCCCAUGGAGCAUGAGAACUCUCAUGGCUGGUCUUCUGUCCUGAUGGAUGCUUUAUCAGAAUUUCUUAUCCUUCAAAAGGACAGGGUGUAGGUCCUGCUAUCAGCAAGUGAGGAUUAAAUCCCUCUUGAGGUUCCUGGGUCUCUUUAAAACCUUUUAGUGCUAUUCCUAGCUAUGUAUUGGGUGGCAUGCAGAGUUAGUUCUAAAGCAGUCUUUUAAAGUAUUAUGAAAGGCAAUUUAUUUCUGGAAGGGGUAGGGGAAAGUCAAUCCUUUCAGAAGUAGCAUGAGGCUUUAAUUAGUGGAGUCUCUAGCAUCUCUCUGUUCUUUCCUGUGUGGAAGGCUGCAACAGCAGAGGGGACCUGUCUUGCCCCUUGGUGGGAUCAGAGAUUCUCUAUCCCUCCUUUGCAAUUCUAAGAAUAUCAGAGAAGUAGAGCUGCUCUUUGUGAAAGGGUGCAGAGCCUCCUUGAUAGGAGUGACUCCUAGACAGCUGGGCACCUCCCUUGAUUUGGAAUGACAAGCCAUAGAGACACUUGACACUAGAAAAGCAAAGGUCUCACCACACCCACAUUCUCACUGGUGCCUCACCUGCCACAGGUAUGUGCAUUCAAUUUCAGCUGAAACUACGAAAAGUUGGAGUGGCAGGAAAUAGUUUCUUAUUGUGACCACUCUAUGAGGGCUAGGUCAGAGGGUGUUUGUAUAACUGAAGUGGAAUAGGGAGUGUCUAAAUAUGUAUUUAGUCAAAACAGAAUUUGCAGCCAAGCUAAAGCAAACUCUGUAGCUGAUCUAAUGAAACAUGAAGGGGAAAGAAUGGAGUGAGACCUGACUCUGAAUAACAGCCAGUUCAGAAAAUACCAGCAGCACUGGCAUGUGUGUGACUGCAUACUUUUGUACAAAACUGAUGCCAGUGUAUUUGUUUAAUCUGGAGGACUCUUGAGGGGAAGUUCUGAAGCACACCUCUUGAAUCUCUGCACAGCAGGGAGCUGAAGUGGGGGAUUAACCUUAGUGUGAUGUAAAGUAGGAUCCAGCCAACACAACCCAUAAUUUUUUUUUUUUUUUUGAAACUCAAGUUUUAACAAAAACUGUGUUCUUGAGAGAUGUUCUGUGUGGGUGUUUGCAGGUUGAAACCAUUCUGCAUUACUUAUAUUCAUUAUGAGAAGGUGAUAAGUGUAUAUAUUUGUUACAUAUUGUUAAAUAAAGUUUCCUAGUUUUGAUUU